GUUAGCAUAACCUUUUUUGACAUUUUACCUUUUUUUUUUUUGCUCUUGGUAUUUUAAAUACAAUUCUACCAAAUUCAUCCACAAUGCAUUGCACUACUAGCGUCAAUUGGUACAUCGGAAAAUUUGUCUUCAAUUUCUUCCUUGUUCUUUUCCUUUAUGAAGGUUUUUUAAAAGAAAAACCAAUAGAUUGUGUUUGUGGAGCAGGAGCUAGAGAUUUAGCACGUCAGAGAAGUGGUAAAGAGCCACCAAGAAGUCGAUGUAUCUGCAAACAUUGGAGAAAAGCUAUUUAUCCUUGUGGAUGCAAAAGAAAAGCAAUAAUUGACCAAUGUGCGGGAAGACGGCCAAGUGUUUCACACAAUCCAGAUGAUUCAAAAAAGAAACCAUCAUGUUGCUGCGGACAUUAAAUGUUUCAUUAAUAAGUAAAUAUUGUCAAAUUACGACUGAUUUUAGUUUUUGAUAAAUAUUUACAUAAAUAUUGAUGUAAAUAAAUAUAAAAAAGUAAUAAGCACAAAGUAUAAAUGAAGGAUAAGUAAUGUGUCUUUUUCAAUUACUGCAACAAAAAAAUAAAUUAAAAGAUGCAAUAUAUAGACUCUAAAGUUGACUGUCAGUUAAAAGUUAAAAGUGGGAAGUCCGAAAACGUAUGAGAUAUUCAAAGUCAAUUAAUAAAUGUCUAGUUGACUCUGACAUGUCUAUAAGUAGAACUUCAGGGUAGCUGACAUACUUUACAUUCACAAUCAUUCAUGUCUGGUUUGAGACAUCCAUGACCCAAGAUGCUUUUUCUUAAUUUCAUUACUUGACAAUGUUGCAAAUUUAAAAAUAUCUUAAAAUAUACAUUUUGGUAUGUUUUCAUAACCAAAAAAAAAAACAACAUUUAAUAACCUUAAAUAUUAUUUAUAAAUAAAUUAAUUUUUUAAAUAAACA